AUGGCGCCGUCUCUUCCGGUGCGGGGAGUACUAUGUUUGGUUUUCUUUAUAGAAAGUGGAGCAGUUCCGAAAAAGAAGGAUCCCUUAACACAAAGUAAUUCCCUUCCACGUUCAAAAACAGUUGCAAAAACUGGAUCCACAGGCCUUUCAGGCCACCAUAGAACACCUAGCUACAGUGGGAUAUCAAGUGCUUCUGUGUCUAGAUCAGCAACAAACCCUGCAACUUCAACUCACAAGGCUGCUCCUAAAAAUAGUAGAACAAAUAAGCCUUCUACUCCUACCCCUGCUGCUCGAAAGAAGAAAGACAUGAAAAUAUUUAGAAAUGUGGACAGUAACCUUGCUAAUCUUAUCCUGAAUGAAAUUGUUGAUAGUGGGCCAGCUGUCAAAUUUGAUGAUAUUGCAGGGCAGGAACUGGCUAAACAAGCUUUGCAAGAAAUUGUUAUCCUUCCUUCUCUUAGACCUGAGUUAUUUACAGGACUUAGAGCUCCUGCACGUGGAUUGUUGCUCUUUGGCCCACCAGGAAAUGGGAAGACAAUGUUGGCCAAAGCAGUUGCUGCAGAAUCAAAUGCUACUUUCUUCAAUAUCAGUGCUGCAAGCCUAACUUCAAAAUACGUGGGUGAAGGUGAGAAAUUGGUGCGUGCUCUAUUUGCAGUAGCCAGAGAACUGCAGCCUUCGAUAAUUUUUAUUGAUGAAGUUGAUAGCCUUUUGUGUGAAAGAAGAGAAGGUGAACAUGAUGCUAGUAGGCGUCUAAAAACAGAAUUUUUAAUAGAAUUUGAUGGUGUGCAGUCUUCUGGAGAGGACAGAAUACUUGUGAUGGGAGCAACAAACAGGCCACAGGAGCUUGAUGAUGCUGUUCUCAGACGGUUCACCAAACGGGUAUAUGUAUCUUUACCAAAUGAGGAAACGAGAUUGAUUUUGCUAAAGAAUCUUCUAAGCAAACAAGGAAGUCCAUUGACCCAAAAAGAGUUGGCACAGCUAGCAAGAAUGACAGAUGGAUACUCUGGAAGUGAUUUAACUGCAUUAGCAAAGGAUGCAGCACUAGGUCCUAUCCGAGAAUUAAAACCAGAGCAAGUGAAGAACAUGUCUGCCAGUGAGAUGAGAAAUAUUAAAUUAUCAGAUUUCACUGAGUCUUUGAAGAAGAUAAAGCGUAGUUUGAGCCCUCAGACACUGGAAGCAUACAUUCGUUGGAACAAGGACUUUGGAGAUACCACGGUGUGAAACAGUACUUUAAGUGGAACAAAGUGCUGCCUAAGGAGCAGGAGUACAGACUACUGGAAAGCAGCCAAAGUUUACAGGACUUGGCAGAUCUUUAAGUAUCUGCAUUAAAACUUGAGAAUAUGAAAAAAUUAUACAAUGUGAAAUAAGUUCAUCAAAACCUCCUUGCCGUUUAGUGAGGAUUUACACACUGUAAGUAAGAGCACAAUAGGACUUUGGAUAAGAUUCCUACCAAUCUGAUCAUAGUUUGAACAAUAUGCAUAUUUUGUUUCAGUUGGAAGGCUCUGAUGAUAUUGAUCAUUGGAAGACCUUUUCCCUAUGUUGUGUGUUAUUUUUGUUUUUAAUUCUGCCAUGGCAUUAAUGUCUGGCUUCCUGAUAACUACUAAUAGUUGGAUUUUUUUGUAACCUUUGGUUCUGCUUUUGUCCCUUUUUAUUUUACCUUUAAUGUGCCAAAUAAAACAAAUUCCCUGUGCAAAGAUGAAGAACAGCAUUGGGGGAUUACAAUUAUUAAAAUGUAAAAUGCAGCUGGUCUGUUAUUAUUUGUCUUUUUGUUUAGUUGAAUGUGAGUGCUUUGUUCACAGAAAAGUUCUAAAAAAGACCUUUGAUAGCAGAACAGCAAAAAAA